GACAUGGUGAAUGCAAAUAUGAAUGAUGAAUAUGAACAAAAAAUUCUACAAUUUUAUAAUGAAACAAAAGAAUUUGAAUCAAGAAUUGGAAUAAUUAUUCCAAUGAUAUUUACUAUAAUAAUUAUUCUUGGUUUAUUCGGAAAUUUACUUGUUGUUAUAGUUGCUUUCAAUCGAAAAAUGCGAAACAGUACCAAUAUUCUUAUUAUUGGGUUAGCUUGUUCUGAUCUAACAUUUCUGACAUUAUGUGUGCCGUUUACUGCGAUCGAUUACGCUUCACCUGUAUGGAUAUUUGAAAGCUGGAUGUGUAAUAUGAUUAAUUAUUUACAGCAUGCAUCAGCAUAUUCAUCAGUAUGGACUUUAUCGUUAAUGGCAGUUGAUCGUUAUUUGGCUGUUUGUCAUCCAGUUGGUAGUAUCACAUUAAGGAAUAUGCGAAACACAAUAGGUGCUUUGUUAAUCAUCAAUGCAGUGAUUUUUAUAAGUCAGGUUCCUGUGGCCAAAAUUCAUGGCAUAUAUGAAUAUGAUUUUAUAAUUGAAACGAGAUCAACAUGCGCUAUUAUUACAAUUGCAACUGGUGAAGCAUCUAUUACUGAACGUGAAUAUGUGCUCAUAUUUCAGGCUCGUUUAUACUUUUUUUCAUUUAAUGUAUUUGGAUACUUAUUACCAUUAGGUAUUACUUGCUUUUUAUAUUAUUUUAUGCUGAAGAGAUUGUGGUAUUCUUCAAUUUCGAAAAAUUAUGCGAUGGGUUUAUCACUUCGUUCUCGACCCGAAACUGUCAAAGCGAAAAGGAAAGCCACUCGUUUAGUGCUAUUUGUUGUCAUUAUUUGGGCAUUCUGUUGGUUACCGCUUAAUAUUUGUUUUUUAUUAUCAGGUAUAUUUUAUCCAGAAACAUUGGUAACAAAAGGUGGAAAAAUGAUGGUUAUUGUGCAAAUUUCCAGUCAGGUUCUAGCUUAUAUGAAUUCAUGUCUUAAUCCAAUAUUAUAUGCAUUUCUAUCAGAUAACUUCCGUAAAGGUUUUCUGCAUGUCUUGAGAAUCACUAUAAACGCAUUCACACUGGGGCAAUGCUGUGUUAUUAACCAUCCAAACGAUCGUUACGAUUUCGCAACUUUAAAUGGUACAAUUAAACGCAAUAGAAAAUUAUUAAUACGACCAGUACUUCAAGAUUCUAACUGCCAAAAGUUAACAAUGAUCGACAACGAUGAUGAAUUUAUCUAG